CGCGGUCACUGAGGCGGCCUCGCGCCCCCUCGCCCCUUCCCCGUCCCUCCCCUGUCCCCGUCCCCGCCCCGGGGGCCACCGCCACCCGUCUCCCACGAUGGCUUUGAAGAGAAUCCACAAGGAAUAUGAUUUCCAAUGAAGAGAUAUGCAGGGAUAACAACAGUGCCUUACAUUAUUCCUGAAGAAUAUCUAUUUUCCAGAGGAUUUAAAAUGAAUCACUAUUAAAUAAAACAGAACAGUAAAACCUCUGAAAGCCUCAGGAAUUGAAUGACCUGGCACGGGACCCCCCAGCUCAGUGUUCAGCAGGUCCUGUUGGAGAUGAUAUGUUCCAUUGGCAGGCUACAAUAAUGGGGCCAAAUGACAGUCCCUAUCAGGGUGGAGUAUUUUUCUUGACAAUUCAUUUCCCAACAGAUUACCCCUUCAAGCCACCUAAGGUUGCGUUUACAACAAGAAUUUAUCAUCCAAAUAUUAACAGUAAUGGCAGCAUUUGUCUUGAUAUUCUCCGGUCACAGUGGUCUCCAGCACUAACUAUUUCAAAAGUACUCUUGUCCAUCUGUUCUCUGUUGUGUGAUCCCAAUCCAGAUGAUCCUUUAGUGCCUGAGAUUGCUCGGAUCUACAAAACAGAUAGAGAAAAGUACAACAGAAUAGCUCGGGAAUGGACUCAGAAGUAUGCGAUGUAAUUAAAGAAAUUAUUGGAUAACCUCUACAAAUAAAGAUAGGGGAACUCUGAAAGAGAAAGUCCUUUUGAUUUCCAUUUGACUGCUUUCUAUGAGCCCACGCCUCAUCUUCCCCUGUGCACAUGUUUACCUGAUACAGCAGUGCUGCGUGUUGUACAUACUGGGAACAACAAACUAGAAAUACUGUACUUCUGUACCAACAUUGCCUCCUAGCAGAGAAGUGUGUGUGUGACAAGCCAGUUCUCCAAGCAUAACCUAGGUGUGAGACUAAAAGUUUUCCUUAUUGACUUAAAUUUGGAUAAUGGCAAGGUGAGGGGUGGUAGGUAUGUUGUAUGCUUGGAUGGGGAAGAAAAGCUCCACUGACCUGUAGGAGAUUGUUUUUAAGUGGAAUUCUUUUUAACUCAGAACAGUUAUGAAAAGCAAGGUGAAGAACAUGAAGCUGUUUCUGUAUUCAUUUUAUUCCGAAGAACCUACGUCUUAGGUGAAAGUUAUGACCAACCAGAUUAAACUCUACCCACAUCCUGUAUUUUAAGGUCUAAGUUUAACUGGUCAACAUUUAAAAUGGAUUGGAGCUAUUAGUACAUAAAGUGUGAUGGGCUUUGGUCCCACAUCUUUUGCAUCUACCCACCCUUCAACCUUUGUCCUUCAGCCCCCUUCUCUCUUCCACAUUCUUUGGUUUGUAUGUGGUUUCUCAGUUAAUAUAUAGCUAAUAGCUCUUAUUUUUCUUAUGUUUUUAACUGCUUAGGUCUAUCUGGAUGUAAGGGUGAAAAUUCAUUUGAUGGAAAUACUUGUGUAUAUUUAAAGACCCAAUUGCUCCUCUGGAGCUUGUACGUUCAAGAAUGAUUAAUCUGUGUAAUAAACUGAUUACUACAGUCAUUACAUAUAAUUUCGUGUGAAUAGGCUUUUUUGAUUUUUAGAACUUUGUUUAGCAGAGAUUAGUGGUGGGUUUUCCCCACCCCUAAUGUUUUAAUGAAAAUAUUUUCAUUUUUCCUGGUUGCAUUUCAAAAUCAUGAAACAAUUCCAGUUUACAUAGUCAAAAGGAUAUCUUGAAAGUAAUUUUACUGAACAAGAUAAGGGCAUAAGCUGAAAAGCAGUUCCAUGAAACUUACGUGUGUAGUAUUCCAGGAACAUGACUGUUAAACUAAAUAAGAAAUCUGCUUUAUUAAUGAAACUAAGCUGCAUUUCACCAAAACCUUGUGACAUUCCCUUGGUACAUAGGACAUAAAACAAAGGCAUUGCUAUUUGGUAAGUUAAGCUUCUGUGAUUGUGAUUGUAAAAGAGCACCAUUGACCGAACCUGGGAAACAGCACAAUCUUGUAUUGGAGAGUCUACAUAAUUACUUUGCACUGACAUUGAAGGAUGUUCAUCCAAUUUUACAUUGUACUGUAUGUGGCUUUUUGAAGUCUUCCCUCGACUCUAGUAAAUUGUAGUUUGAAACUUGUAAACAACUGUGUUUGCCAGAAACAUCGUUCGUGUGAACUAGGCAAGUUACCUUUUCCCCCUCAUUCUCCUAAUCUAAUUGUAAACCAGGCCACCCUGAAGGCCAUGGCUGAUGCUCUCUAGCCAUCAGGUUCUUUCAAAUGCAUCUUUACACUCUUGCACAAAAAUUGAGGAAUAAAUGUCCACUGCUUUUGGUUUUAAAA